UUGAGCCAAGGAGCGUUCAUACACACCCUCAUAACGACUGUGUGUCAGGAGUUUGUUCGAGACUUCGACAAAAGUACGCAAUAUGCCCGGCGCAGGUGCACCAGCCAUCGGCAUCGACCUCGGAACCACCUACUCUUGUGUAGGGGUGUUUCAACAUGGUCGAGUGGAGAUCAUCGCUAAUGACCAGGGGAACCGCACCACUCCCAGCUACGUCGCUUUUACUGACACAGAGCGACUCAUUGGAGAUCCAGCCAAAGCCCAGGUCGCUCUUAACCCCGAAAACACCGUAUUUGACGCCAAGAGGCUCAUCGGAAGAAAAUACGACGAUCCGAAGAUACAGCAAGACAUCAAGCAUUGGCCUUUCAAGGUGAUCAACCAGGGAGGCAAGCCCAACAUCAGCGUCGAGUUUAAAGGUGAGCAGAAAAUAUUCAACGCUGAAGAAAUUAGUGCGAUGGUACUGGUAAAGAUGAGGGAGACCGCAGAGGGCUAUUUAGGAAAACCCGUAAAAGACGCGGUUAUUACCGUGCCGGCGUACUUCAACGACUCCCAGCGACAAGCUACAAAAGACGCCGGUGUUAUCGCCGGUCUCAACGUUCUGAGGAUUAUCAACGAGCCUACAGCGGCAGCACUGGCAUACGGCUUGGAUAAGAAUUUGAAGGGCGAGAAGAAUGUUCUCAUAUUCGACUUGGGAGGAGGGACAUUCGACGUGUCCAUACUGACAAUCGAUGAAGGGUCAAUGUUCGAAGUUCGCUCCACAGCCGGAGACACUCACCUCGGUGGAGAAGAUUUCGAUAACCGUCUGGUGAACUAUUUCGUAGAAGAAUUCAUGCGGAAGCACAAGAGAGAUCUGAAGACAAACAUUCGCGCCACUCGACGUCUGAGGACCGCUUGUGAACGCGCGAAAAGGACUCUUUCCAGCAGCUCUGAAGCAAGCAUCGAGAUUGACGCACUUUUCGAUGGCAUCGACUUCUAUAGCAAAAUAACCAGGGCCAGGUUCGAGGAGCUAUGCCUGGAUCUUUUCAGAAGCACGCUCGAACCGGUGGAAAAAGCACUGCAAGACUCGAAGCUAGGAAAAUCGCAAAUACAGGAUAUCGUUCUUGUUGGAGGAUCGACACGAAUUCCAAGAAUUCAAAAGCUCCUCAAAGACUUCUUCAACGGCAAGGAUCUGUCCAUGUCCAUUAACCCUGACGAAGCCGUUGCGUAUGGUGCCGCUGUGCAAGCAGCUAUCUUGACGGGUGACACGAGCGAAAACAUCAAGGACGUGCUCCUUGUUGAUGUUGCCCCUCUGUCACUUGGCAUUGAGACAGCUGGUGGGGUCAUGGCAAAGAUCGUCGAGCGUAACAGUCGUAUCCCGUGUAAGACUUCCAAAGCGUUCACGACUUACUCUGAUAAUCAGACUGGGGUAACCAUACAGGUUUUCGAAGGUGAGAGGGCAAUGACUAAAGACAACCACCUCUUGGGGACCUUCGAUCUGAUGGGUAUUCCGCCUGCACCUCGAGGUGUCCCACAGAUUCAAGUGACAUUCGACUUAGACGCCAAUGGAAUCCUGCAAGUUUCAGCUAAGGAUGAAAGUACAGGACGGUCUGAGAGCAUUCGAAUCACGAACGACAAAGGCCGACUUUCCAAAGAGGAGAUCGAAAGAAUGUUAGCGGAAGCUGAAACUUAUCGGCAGGAAGACGAGAAACAACGCGAGAGAGUGGCCGCGAGAAAUAACUUGGAGUCGUACGUCUACAACGUCAAACAGUCCGUGGAAAUGGUGGGUCCGGAGAAAUUAGAGGCCAGUGACAAAGAGAAGGUGCUCCGCAAAUGUGAAGAAAUUAUAAGCUGGAUCGACCGAAACACGCUGGCUGAAAAAGAAGAAUACGACGACAAAAUGAAAGACAUGCAACAAGUUGCCACACCGAUCAUGACAAAGCUGCACCAAGGAGGAGGCAAUCAACAGGCACCAAAUGCAGGAGGGUCAGCGACUGGAGGUACACAGCGGGCCGGAGGGCCGAAGAUUGACGAAGUCGACUAAAGUAAAGUCAAGACAGAACUUACGCUUUGCAAGCUCAAAACUCUCAAUGAUCUCGUGCGCUACAGGUGAUUCUGCUUCCACGCUAUAGCAGUCACUGUUCUGCUUCAAAUGUACUCUUCGCGUCUUGUACAAAGUUACCUGUACACAUCAGCUCAAAGGCUCACAAACAAAUAAAUGAUAUCAUAGAGUU